AAAUGUCCUAACCAAUAUCAAUGUCAUUCCAUUUCACCCAAAAUCAUUUUACUCAUAACUGUUUGGUGGCUGUAGCUAGUGCUAUGGUUGGACCACGAGCAUGGAUAGGAGGAAUCUUUAGCCGUUCAAGCAAUAAACGGUUCGGAAGUGGAAAAUUUUUUGACUUCCCUUUGAGUCCUCUUCAGGAACAAGGACUUCGAAGGCUUCAAGCUCGAUUACAAGUACCUUUUGAUGAGACACGUCUUGAUCAUCAAGAAGCUCUUAGAACAUUGUGGAAAGCUGCCUUUCCAACUGUUAAACUUAAAGGAUUGAUCUCUGAGCAGUGGAAGGAUAUGGGGUGGCAAGGUCCAAAUCCAUCAACAGACUUUAGGGGUUGUGGUUUCGUUUCGCUCGAGAAUUUGCUGUUUUUUGCAAGGAUUUACCCGGCUUCUUUUCAUAGGUUAUUGUUCAAGCAAGGUGGGAAGCGAGCAACAUGGGAAUACCCAUUUGCUGUUGCAGGCAUUAAUGUAUCAUUUAUGUUGAUUCAGAUGUUAGAUUUAUACUCAGCAAAACCUAGAUGUCUUCCAGGAAUCAAUUUUGUUAAAUUAUUAGGAGAAGAUGAAGAAGCCUUUGACGUUCUAUAUUGUAUAGCUUUUGAGAUGAUGGAUGCUCAGUGGCUUGCCAUGCAUGCUUCAUACAUGGAAUUUAAUAGCUUGGUUGACCUCUCAGGUGUCUCACCGAUGCUGUGCUUGCUGCCUAAAAAAGGAGGUUUUACAAGUAACAAGGACACAAUUGGAGAGGGAACUGUCUUUAGAAGAUAUUCACCGAAUACAAGAUCUGCCAGCUUACAACCUGUUGUAUCAGUAAUUCUGCUCAUAAGCCUCUCCCGACAACCCACAGAAAUUUUGCCUGUGAAAUUUGGGGAAGGAUGUGUACUAUGUGGACUCUCAUUGCCUAAUGGCAUUGAGGCUGGGCUUCAUGAACUUCAUUUUCCUCUUAUAAAGCCAGCUGUUGACAAAUCCAACAAUUGA